GCUGUAGAUGGCACUAAAGGAAUGCUUUGUCCAGCGCCUACUCUGCUUCCAGCCGCGCUCAGGCCUUCUUACAGCUCGGGGCCUGGGUGUUUUUCCUGCUUUACCAACGAGGAAGCUGCUCGAGGAGGUUAAGUAAUUUAUGUAGGAUCCGGUAAGUGUGGAAUGAGACGGGACCCCCCGCACCCCCAUGUGCCUCCAAAGUCGGGCUGGGCCUGUGUCUGCCCACAGCACGCUGCCUCUGGCAGUCCAGGGGCCAGCAGAGCACACCUGGGCCCCAGCUCCGGGGCCUGGGCCUCGCUGCCUUGGCGAGAGGAGCCACAGAGCCCUGCAGGAGCGACAGGCGGGCCCGCCAGGCAGCACAGGCAGCCCGCGAGCAGGCAGGUGGAGCUCUCGCUCCGCGCCAGCCCCUCUGUGGUCUCUGCAACCGUUUGCAUUUCCUGAAACCGGAUCUCGAUGUCAGAGCCACCGUGGGCGGGCGCCUCAGCCAUGGCCCUGCGAAAGGAGCUGCUGAAGUCCAUCUGGUACGCGUUCACCGCGCUGGACGUGGAGAAGAGCGGCAAGGUCUCCAAGUCCCAGCUCAAGGUGCUGUCCCAUAACCUGUACACGGUCCUGCACAUCCCCCACGACCCUGUGGCUCUGGAGGAGCACUUCCGAGAUGAUGACGAUGGACCAGUGUCCAGCCAGGGGUACAUGCCCUACCUCAACAAGUACAUCCUGGACAAGGUGGAGGAGGGGGCUUUCGUUAAGGAGCACUUUGAUGAGCUGUGCUGGACCCUGACGGCCAAGAAGAACUACCGGGCGGACAGCAACGGGAACAGCAUGCUCUCCAAUCAGGAUGCCUUCCGCCUCUGGUGCCUCUUCAACUUCCUGUCUGAGGACAAGUACCCCCUGAUCAUGGUUCCCGAUGAGGUGGAGUACCUGCUGAAGAAGGUGCUCAGCAGCAUGAGCUUGGAGGUGAGCCUGGCGGAGCUGGAGGAGCUGCUGGCCCCGGAGGCCCCGGCAACCCAGACCAGCGGGGGGCUGAGCGUCUGGCAGUUCCUGGAGCUCUUCAACUCGGGCCGCUGCCUCCGCGGCGUGGGGCGGGACACCCUCAGCAUGGCCAUCCACGAGGUCUACCAGGAGCUCAUCCAGGAUGUCCUGAAGCAGGGCUACCUGUGGAAGCGCGGCCACCUGAGGAGGAACUGGGCGGAGCGCUGGUUCCAGCUGCAGCCCAGCUGCCUCUGCUACUUCGGGAGCGAAGAGUGCAAGGAGAAAAGGGGCACCAUCCCCCUGGACGGGCAGUGCUGUGUGGAGGUGCUGCCUGACCGCGAGGGGAAACGCUGCAUGUUCUGCGUGAAGACAGCCUCCCGCACAUACGAGAUGAGCGCCUCGGACACGCGCCAGCGCCAGGAGUGGACGGCUGCCAUUCAGAUGGCCAUCCGGCUGCAGGCCGAGGGGAAGACGUCGCUGCACAAGGACCUGAAGCAGAAGCGGCGGGAGCAGCGGGAGCAGCGGGAGCGGCGCCGGGCCGCCAAGGAGGAGGAGCUGCUGCGGUUGCAGCAGCUGCAGGAGGAGAAGGAGCGGAAGUUGCAGGAGCUGGAGCUGCUGCAGGAGGCGCAGCGGCAGGCGGAGCGCCUGCUGCAGGAGGAGGAGGAGCGGCGCCGCAGCCAGCACCACGAGCUGCAGCAGGCGCUGGAGGGCCAGCUGCGCGAGGCCGAGCAGGCCCGGGCGACCAUGCAGGCUGAGAUGGAGCUGAAGGAGGAGGAGGCUGCCCGGCAGCGGCAGCGCAUCGAGGAGCUGGAGGACAUGCAGCAGAGGCUCCAGGAGGCUCUGCAACUGGAGGUGAAAGCUCGGCGGGACGAGGAGGCCGUGCGCCUGGCCCAGACCAGGCUGCUGGAGGAGGAGGAGGAGAAGCUGAAGCGGCUGCUGCGGCUGAAGGAGGACCAGGAGCGCUACAUCGAGCAGGCGCAGCAGGAGAAGCAAGAGCUGCAGCAGGAGAUGGCCCAGCAGAGCCGCUCCCUGCAGUUGGCCCAGCAGCAGCUGGAGGAGGUGCGGCAGAACCGGCAACGGGCGGAUGAGGACGUGGAGGCCGCCCAGCGGAAGUUGCGCCAGGCGAGCACCAACGUGAAACACUGGAAUGUCCAGAUGAACAGGCUCAUGCAUCCAAUUGAACCUGGAGACAAGCGUCCCACCACCAGCAGCUCCUUCACAGGCUUCCAGCCCCCGCUCCUGGCCCGCCGCGACUCCUCCCUGAAGCGCCUGACCCGCUGGGGGUCCCAGGGCAGCAGGACCACCUCCCCCAGCUCCAGUGAGCGGCAGAAGUCCCUCAACGGUGGGGACGAGGCUCCCAUCUCGGCUUCCACCCCUCGGGAAGACAAACAGGACCCGGAACCAGAAAACUAGCCUCUGCUAGCCUCUUUCCCCCCAAUCUCAUGCCCACCAGGACCUGGCCACAGCUGGCCUGUGGGUUACGCUGGCCCCUGCGACAGAGGGAGCCGAGGACCUGGUGUCAGGGCUGAGGCCCUCCAGCCAUGACACAAUCCGGGAGGGAACCUAGUUUAUUUUUUCAUCAGCCCCAGGCCCCAGCCCACUAAGGCUGCCUGGGAUGCUGAUCCUUAAGAACUUGAUCCGGUGCCUUAACCCCAAGGAUCCUAUGCCCUUGGCUGGAAAAGGGUAAACAAGCAAGCCAGGGGCCAUCUGCCCCAGACCACCACCAAGCUGUGGAGGCACAUUUCCGAAUAAAAACUGUUCUUGGAGUGAAUUAUUGA